GCGCGUGCAGAAGCUCUCUGCGACGCCAUCACGCCUCGAAACGAUGAUCCCGACCCUGCUGCCGGCAAUGGCUACCUGAGCACGAUCCUGAAAGCGGUCAAGAUGGAUGGUGCGCCGCCGAGCACUAUGAAUGCGGCGAAUGACUACGCAACGAGUGCUGGGAAGGAGUUGACGAUUAGGGAACAGACUGCUGGGUUGAUCAAAACGACGCAAGACAUCGCGACGCUGAUACGGGACCUUCAGGAGCUGUGGUUAUUCGGAGGGCUUGAUACUCUACAGAAUCCGGCGGACGAAGAGGCGCAGAGGAAGAAGGCAGAGGAGGUUUCGGGCAUAAUCGAGGUGUUGGCGCAGCAGAAACCUGUUACGAAAGUGAAAGGACAAGAGGAUGGGGCUGGGUUCACCUGA